AUGGCGGACAUUGAAUUGUCUGGGGAAAACAACACAAUGUUAGCAACAACGGUGUAUAAGACACAUCAAAAUGACAUGGAUGGCCCUGACGCAGAUCUGGCAACGGAGGAUAAUGAAAAUACCAAACGAGUGGAUUUACAUGUAACGACUGAGACACCAAAGAUGAUCUACAGUCUCAGUGAUAUCCCCCCAGCCCAUGUCACCUUCGGCCUCGCAAUGCAGCAAGUAUUGGUCAGUAUUUCAAGGUGUCUCUCCGUGACUCUCGUCUUCGCUGAAUGCAUGUGCGCCGGAGACAACGAGCUCCUUAAAACCAAGGUUCUGUCUUCUACAAUGUUUGUGACUGGCCUGACAACAUUCCUCAUGUCGACCUUCGGUAUCAGACUCCCAGUGUUCCAAGGCCCGGAUACCUACUACUUGAUACCGUUGCUUACCAUGACAUCCUUUGCAGAGUGGAAGUGUCCAACCCAGGAAUCACUUGCAGAGUUGUAUGAAAACACAACAGUGAAUGUGUCCCUCAACACUCGCGGGCUGCUGCCUGUGCCGGAUGAGUUCAUCGAUAAUAAAAUACAACAGUUGAUGGGAAGUCUUAUGCUCGCUGGAGUCAUACACACUUUGAUAGGAGCUACAGGAUUGGUUGGUUUAUUGCUACGUUUCAUUGGUCCCGUGACCGUCGUUCCUGCAAUAACAUUGGCUGGGCUCUUCCUGUCAAAAGUCGCCUCGAAGUUCUCGGAAACUCACUGGGGAAUUGCUGUUGUAACUGCUGCCAUUGCCUUCAUUCUGUCGACCAGCAUGUCAAAUAUUUCCACUCCAUUCCCGGCCUGGAGCCGACAGAAGGGCUUUCACUUGUCAUGGACUGGCAAUCACAAAACAUUUGCAGUGAUGAUAUCUAUGGUUGUGGGUUGGGCUCUGUCAGCCAUCUUGACUGUGACUGGUUCUCUGUCUCCGGACCCUAAGAACAUCCAGUACUACGCCCGUACAGACUCACGGACACACGUCAUCAGUGACAGCAGCUGGUUUUCCUUCCCUUACCCAGGUCAAUUUGGAAUGCCUCAAUUCAACGCAUUUGCAUUCACAAGUUUCAUGAUGUCAACUUUCCUGUCGAUUAUUGACUCAAUCGGCGACUACAGCGCAUGCGCACGUACUGCCUACCUUCCACCACCGCCUGCUCACGCAGUCAACAGAGGCAUCUCUGUGGAAGGUGCUAUGGUGAUCCUCGCAGGAGGUCUUGGAAUAGGUCAUGGCACAUCUUCCUAUGGCUACAACAUUUCCAUGAUCGGACUGACAAAGGUGUCCAGCCGUCGCGUUCUACAACUGACAGGAGUAAUCUUCAUUCUUCUGAGCAUCUUCACCAAACUGGGGGCCGUCUUUGUCACCAUUCCCUACUCUGUGCUGGGGGGCUCUAUGCUCAUUCUGUAUGGGCCACUCGUGGGUUUCAUUCUCUCCAACCUACAGGUUGUAGAUCUGUCAUCCACUCGGAACGUUGUCAUCAUUGGCACUUCUCUCUUUGUUGGGUUCAUGAUUCCCGACUGGGUUACCACCCGUCCAGAUGCAAUCAAAACAGGUAAUUCAGAUGCUGACAGUUUCAUCAAGAUCCUUCUGUCCAACCCAAUGCUGAUCGGCGGAGUAAUUGCCUGCGUCCUAGACAACGCCACGCCAGGAACACGACACGAGCGGGGGCUGGACUGGUGGGAGGAUGACUACAACACGUCUGCUGAGAACCCGUAUGUAGAGGGGUCGGAGGUGUAUGAUCCCCUCUUUAUACCACGGCGACUCAGAAGGUCAAAAUGGGCCCGUUUCAUCCCCGUAAUACCACGUCACAAACAGUGAUAUUCUCUCUGUAUCUUACAACAGGAUGUCAUUUCUCAUACUGCGAAUGGUGGCAGUAAAUCAUGUGAUGUCAUGUAUCAUAUUGCAUAUUGUUGGAGUAAUCAUGUGAUGUCAUGUAUCAUAUUGCAUAUUGUUGGAGUAAUCAUGUGAUGUCAUGUAUGAUAUUGCAUAUUGUUGGAGAAAUCAUGUGAUGUCAUGUAUCAUAUUGCAUAUGCAUGGAGUAAUCAUGUGAUGUCAUGUAUCAUAUUGCAUAUUGUUGGAGUAAUCAUGUGAUGUCAUGUAUCAUAUUGCAUAUUGUUGGAGUAAUCAUGUGAUGUCAUGUAUGAUAUUGCAUAUUGUUGGAGAAAUCAUGUGAUGUCAUGUAUCAUAUUGCAUAUGCAUGGAGUAAUCAUGUGAUGUCAUGUAUCAUAUUGCAUAUUGUUGGAGUAAUCAUGUGAUGUCAUGUAUCAUAUUGCAUAUGCUUUGAGAAAACAUGUGAUGUCAUGUAUCAUAUUGGAUAUGCUUUGAGUAAUCAAGUGAUGUCAUGUAUCAUAUUGCAUAUGCUUGGAGUAAUCAUGUGAUGUCAUGUAUUAUACUGCAUUAGAUUGCAGUAACAUAUAUGAUGUAAUGUACCAUGUUAUAAAGUUGCAGUAAAUAUGUGAUGAUAAUUGCAUAUUUGUAAAGUAUUAGAUAACACUGCAUUUAAAUGUCAACGCCAGA